GGCAUUUUGCUGGGUGACAGUCGAGGCGGGCACAGCCGAGCGGGACGGGCCGGAGAUGAGCGGGGUCCUGGAGCACGGGCCGCGAGCCGGGAGCAUGGGCCUCCCUUCUGGCUUCAUCGACAUCCACGACAACUCCUCCGACGGGGACUGGUCCGGCUCUGGUUCCGGGGACUACGACAACUACAAGGAGCCCUGCUACAGGCAGGAGAAUGCAGACUUCAACCGGAUCUUCCUCCCCACCAUCUACUCCAUCAUCUUCCUCACCGGGAUCGUGGGCAACCUCUUGGUCAUCAUCGUCAUGGGCUACCAGAAGAAGCUGCGGAGCAUGACGGACAAGUACCGGCUGCACCUGUCGGUGGCCGACCUGCUGUUCGUCCUCACGCUGCCCUUCUGGGCGGUGGACGCGGCCGUGAGCUGGUGCUUUGGAAUCUUCCUGUGCAAGGCCAUCCACGUCAUCUACACAGUCAACCUGUACGGCAGCGUCCUGAUCCUGGCCUUCAUCAGCCUGGACCGCUACCUGGCCAUAGUCCACGCGACCAACAGCCAGCGGCCGAGGAAGCUGCUGGCCGAGAAGGUGGUAUAUGUGGGCGUCUGGCUGCCGGCCGUGCUGCUUACGGUCCCCGACCUCAUCUUCGCGGAGACCAGCCAGCUGGACGAGCGCUACAUCUGCGAGCGCUUCUAUCCUCACGACACCUGGCUGAUUUCUUUCCGCUUUCAGCACAUCGUGGUCGGGCUCAUCCUGCCGGGCCUGAUCAUCCUGACCUGCUACUGCAUCAUCAUCUCCAAGCUGUCCCACUCCAAGGGGCACCAGAAGCGCAAGGCCCUCAAGACGACGGUCAUCCUCAUCCUGGCCUUCUUCGCCUGCUGGCUGCCCUACUACAUCGGCAUCAGCAUCGACACCUUCAUCCUGCUCGGAGUGAUUAAGCAAGGCUGUGCCUUCCAGAACACCGUGCACAAGUGGGUCUCCAUCACCGAAGCCCUGGCCUUCUUCCACUGUUGCCUCAACCCCAUCCUCUAUGCCUUCCUGGGAGCCAAAUUUAAGACCUCGGCCCAAAACGCGCUCACCUCCGUCAGCAGAGGGUCGAGCCUAAAGAUCCUGUCCAAGGGCAAGCGGGCGGGACAUUCCUCGGUCUCCACAGAGUCCGAGUCCUCCAGUUUCCACUCCAGCUAACGGUGCCAGCACGGACCCUGGACAAAAUGAGACUUGUUCAUUCCGGUCCGGAGAGACACACAUGAGACUGACCGCACACGUGUGUGCGUGUGUACAGUUUGUAUUUACAGUUGGAGUUUGUCAUGUUGCAGUGACUUAUUUAUAUAAUUGUGUUUUGUGUGGAUGAGUGCUAGCUAGGCGGGACCUGUUCAGGGCUUAGUUCACAAAUGUUAAUGCUUGAGUGGAGGGGGCUGGGGCCACUGGGAACUCCUCAGGUGUUGCAAGCAACAAAGCUAGAAGCUGGUUCUUGGCCACUACAGUGUAUAUAUAAUCGUCUCCCAUUCCAUCUGUCUUUUCAACUCCAAAAUUGUAAGGUUUACAAUGGCGUAAUUCUUCUGGAGGAGGGAGAUGAUGGCACUUCGGAGCAGGGUUCAGCGGUGCCUUUUGGUAUUUGAUUGGUCAUAGGACCCCUGUACAGUAUGUGUAAAGAACAGUUGUUAAUAAAAAGACCUGA